AUGGUAGCGAAAUACUUGGGCUUUAGAGGUGAUGGCCUCAUUAGAGCCGUAGCAUUCGCAUCCACUAUGGGUUUUUUACUAUUUGGAUAUGACCAAGGGGUCAUGUCCGGAAUUAUCACUGGAAAAACAUUCAACCAUGAUUUUCCAGCCACUAAGAGCAAAGGUGCGGACGAUGUUCACACUUCCACAAUUCAAGGUACUGUCACUGCUGUCUACGAGUUAGGAUGUUUUGCAGGUGCAAUUUUUGCUCUGGUGAGGGGAGACAGAUUAGGAAGAAGAAAGAUGAUAAUGCUGGGUUCUACCAUCAUGAUUUUAGGAACAAUUAUCAUGGUGACUUCAGUUAGAGGCCAUUGGAAUCUUGGACAGUUCAUCAUUGGAAGAGUGGUAUGUGGUGUUGGCUGUGGUUCAAUUACUUCCACCAUUCCAUCUUACCAGGCUGAAAUCGCCAAAAAGCACAAUAGAGGUGCCUUGGUGUGUUUCGAAGCAUCUAUGAUCGCUAUUGGAACUUGCAUUGCUUAUUGGAUAGAUUUCGGACUUGACUUCGUCCCCAAUGCAGUAGCUUGGAGAUUUCCCAUUGCAUUUCAGUGUGUGUUUGCUGCCACUUUGUUGAUUGCUAUUCAGUUCUUACCAGAAUCUCCUAGAUGGUUGCUGACAAGACACAGAGAAGAAGAAGCUUUAGAAAUUAUUGCUUUUUUGGCUGAUAGCACAGUGGAUGAUCCCGAAGUUAUUCUGCUGAAGGACGACAUGUAUGCCAACGUCAAGCUUACUCAAUCUAUCAAGUCAUCAAAAUUGGAUAUUUUCAAGCGUGACAAAACAAAGAACUUGGAAAGAACUCUAGUUGGAGCUUCUUCUCAAAUCUUCCAGCAAUUGGGAGGUUGUAAUGCCGUCAUCUACUAUGCUCCAUUGCUGUACCAAAACUCCUUGGGUAUGGAAAGAACGCUUGCUUUGGUUCUCUCAGGUGUCACUAUUGUUGUUUAUGCCUUGUUUGCAUGUAUUGCAUUUUGGCUGGUUGAAAAGGUUGGAAGAAGACCAUUAUUCAUCAUCGGAUCAGUUGGCCAGGGUUUGUCUAUGACUAUCGUGUUUGCAUGUCUGAUCCCAGAUACCAAACAGGCUUCGAAGGGAGCUGCGUUUGGUAUUUUCUUGUACCUGGCAUUCUUUGGAGCUACUUGGCUGUGUUUGCCUUGGCUGUAUCCGGCUGAAAUUGCUUCCAUGAAGAUUCGUACCCAGGCCAAUGCAGUGUCCACCUCAUGUAACUGGAUCUUCAACUUCAUGGUUGUCGAAAUCACUCCAGUCAUGAUUGCUUCUAUUCAUUGGGGUACAUAUCUAUUCUUUGCUUGUCUGAAUUUUGCAUUCAUCCCAUUCAUCUAUUUCUUCUAUCCUGAGACCAAGGGCAGAACAUUGGAGGAAUUAGAUGUCAUUUUUGCUAAGGCUCAUGUCGAGCAUACUCCGGCAGUAAAGGUUGCCAAGAAUGUUCCAUACAUGGAGCACCAUGAAAUUGCUGAGGCAAUGAGACACUACGACAUUCACGACACCAUCGGUGGUGAUCCAGAGAAAGAACUCGAGAACACAGAAAAAUCAUCCUCGGCUGAAUCACAAACCAGCAACCUGGCACAGGCUAGCACUAACUCCAAACCAGAGGUUACCAUCAGAGAUGAAAACUAG